ACUCAUUGCCCCGCGUUUUUCUACACGAGCAAAGGAGUAUGAGCAAAUGGCGUCUCACAGGUGGAGAUUGUUGCGUCAAAUUGCCAAAAAUAAUGACUGAACUGUCACAAUAACCAUGAAAUACCUCUGAAAGACCAUUUACAUCGGAUGUGAUAAAAAUAUGAAUGAAGCGAGUGGGGGAAAGGAACAAACGAAUACACAAACUUGGGAAGCACUGUCAAAUAGUCAGCAGUUAUCGGGCCUAGCCGGUGCAAUGCACCAUCAUCAACAUCCUCAUCCUCAUCCCCAUCAUCUGCAUCACGCCACGAUGAUGCAGCAGGAACAAACAGUGUCGGCUGUUAGCCAGGUUAUCGUACCAACUCCGGUUAAACUGCAACCACAAACACUUGCGCAAACGGCGGGAAUUGUCGAGCAUGGUCCACCGAUGUCCCAUGUGCCACAGCAAAUGAUACCCAUGGCCCAGGUGGUACUCCCAAGCGCCUUUCCCGAGCCGGAGCUGAGUCCAGAGCUCCAGCAACAAGGUUGGAAAAGGUUCUGGAGUAAACGAGAGAAUCGUCCCUACUUCUGGAACAAAUUGACCGGUGAAUCCCUCUGGGUGAUGCCCUCGCUGAAGCCUCAAUUUGACCCGAUAACAGAUCCCCUCGGUAUUUGUGGUGGCCCCGUGGUGUCUCCAGGCAAUGGUCCCGUCCCUCCAGGCACCCCAGGAGGUCCCCUCAAACGUCGAGCCUCGGAGGAUGGUAAUGCAAUAACUGGACUUGGUGCAGGUGCAAUAAAAAAAUUCGUACUGGCAGGCCCCUGGGAUUUGGAAGUCGGUACAAACGUUAUAAUAUUCGAAAGAGCCCAGUCCACUCUCUUCCAGACUCAUCCCGAUGUCGAGGCACUACGUUGUAGCCUUUUGGCAAAGCUGCGUCAGUGCUAUCAGGAGUUGUGCCACACACGAGAAUCGAUAGACGCCCCCAAGGACUCAUUCAAUCGUUGGUUGAUGGAACGAAAGGUCAUUGACUGCGGCUCUGAUCCUCUACUCCCCAGCCAGUGCUUCCCAGAGAUCUCCAUGUCGAUGUAUCGAGAAAUUAUGAACGACAUUCCCAUCAAAAUUGUUCGUCCUAAAUUCACGGGAGACGCUAGGAAGCAACUGUCGAGGUACGCAGAGGCAGCAAAAAAGAUGAUCGAAUCUCGUGCAGCAUCCUCCGAGUCUCGGAAAGUCGUCAAAUGGAAUGCAGAAGAGACGUUUCAAUGGUUACGUAAAACAGUGGGGGCAACAUUCGACGAUUUCCAGGAUCGACUCUCCCACCUGAAGCACCAAUGCCAGCCGCAUCUAACCGAGACCGUCAAAGGAAGUGUCGAGGGUAUCUGCAUGAAGAUAUACAAUCUCUCCGCAGAAUAUGCGAAGAAAGUGCGGGACAAGAACAAUCAGAUAAUCAAGGACAGUGGCCUGAGUGACAUACUGAGGCCGAAUGCCCCACCCCAGAGAAAAGUCUGGUGUUACCCAGUGCAAUUUGUGUUGCCAGCUCCUCGUCUACCAAACGUCGAGUACCUUCCAGAGCGUGAGCAGACGAUGCUUCGAUUUCACGGUGAUACAGUCUGCAUCAACAACAAUCACCUGACGAAACUCGAGCAUUUGUACAGGUAUAACUGCUUCGAUGAUAAAAAAUUCGAGAUGUUUCUGCCGAGAGUGUGGUGUGCACUGAAGAGAUAUCAGACAUAUCUCGGAAUCAACGAGGGCCAAGCAACGCAGAUGGCAUUGCCAGUGAGUGUAUUCGAGUGCCUCCAAAGAUCCUUUGGGGUAACAUUCGAAUGCUUCGCCUCCCCCUUCAACUGCUACUUCAGGCAGUACUGCUCAGCUUUUGCUGAUACUGACUCGUAUUUCGGCUCGAGGGGACCUUUCCUCGAUUUCAGGCCCAUCACAGGCUCUUUUGAAGCCAAUCCACCAUACUGCGAGGAACUCAUGGAGGCCAUGGUCAAUCACUUCGAGAGACUACUGGCUGAUUCCACUGAUCCUCUCUCGUUCAUUGUCUUUUUACCUGAAUGGAGGGAUCCUGCGCCCAAUGCUCUUGUUAAGUUGGAGGCCAGCCAUUUCAAGAGGAAACAAGUUGUUGUACCUGCUAUGGAGCACGAGUAUAGACAUGGAUUUCAACAUCUUUUACCGAAAGCUGAAGUGAACAUCAGAGCAGCUCACGGCACCCUAGUUGUUUGGCUGCAGAACACAGCCGGAGCAGCUCGUUGGGGCCCUACAGAGGAGCGUGUGGAGGCCCUUCUGGAGGCGUGGCGACCAGGCCGAGAAAGAGAGAGAGACAGACAAGAGCUACUCUCACCUCCGAGGCCAACAACACACCAGGCAAUGCCGUCCACAACAAUUUCUCUAUCAUCAACAUGCACCCCAGCAACACCAACAACGAUCAAUCCCUCGACACCAAUAACAACAGCACCAUCGUCAAUACCACCACAAGUGCCAAGCACAAUGCCCUCAGUGAGUCUUAAUUCAAAUUCAACUGCAACACCAACGAUAACACCUCUGACAGCUGUAACAGCAGCUAAUCCCAUUUGAAAAUAUCCUAGGAUCUCAUUGGUAAGAGUAAUUAGAUUUAUUUAGAGUGAUAAAAAUCAUUUAUUUUCUGCUCUGAACAUAUUAAACUUGUAAAUAGAUGAGUUUACGAUAAUCAGAAUUAACCUGAGGGUUAGAAUUUUUUAUUUAGAGAUAUGAACAUGUUUGAUAUGAUUGGGGUUCUAUAGUGAGGGAAAAUUGGAAAUUUAAGGAAAUUUUUCUUACAUACACACUACCGGGUCGAUAUGUAAAUCAAUGAAUUUUCGUACUACAGAAGUGUUUGUUCGAUGGGAAAAAUUCUGCAAUAAAAAUUUGAUUUAAUAUUGUUUGAGGCAAUAUUUCGAUAAAUAUUUUUUUUUCUCUUAUUGGAUUUGUCAGGCAAGAGUAUAACAGCAUAGCUUUAUCAUCACGCGAGGAGACUAUACAGAAAAAAUUAUUGUCAAAACGUUACGUUACAAUAAUUGCAAUGUAUCUAUUAUAUAGGUUCAUUAUGAUGAUGUGGAUAAAAGUCUGUGUAUUUUUAAAUGACUAUUUCAUAUAUUAAUCUUUUAUCGAAUAAUGUUAUUUGUUGUCUCAAAGAGUUGAUGUGUUCUCCUUAAUUACAAUUCUUUCUUUUCUGCUGACAGAUUGAUAUAUAAAUUGAGCUGUAGUAUAUUUAAUAUACUUACUGUACAAGGAGAACUAAAGUCACUAAAAUGAUUUGUAGUUUUACAAUAGUUGUUAAGGAGAGGUAAUUAAUGAGGUUGAUUCAAGUGUUAUACGACAAUUUCCGAUGCCUAAUGUAGUUUAGAUGCGUAAAUGCUGAUUAAUUUCGUGUGGUCAUUAUUUUUUAAUCGAUUAUCUUGUAAAUAAAUUAUACCAUGUCAAUAAAAUCAUUUUGUUAUGAUGUAUAAAGAUUUUUAACUAAUAAUUUCUCACUCAAGGGGUUUCCUGCAGAUUAUACAUGAUUUUUUUCCAUAUUUCUACACUAACACCAAUUGAUCAAUCUCAAACAUAACAACAAUGCACAAAUUCGUUGAUAAUUCUUGUGGAAAGGGAUAUAUCUGUAAAUAAAAUGUGGAAGAAUGUAAGAAAUUGUAAAUAUACGUUAUCAAAUCGCAGAACAAA